AUGUGGACGCCCCAGCCCCUCUGCCUGCUGUCUGCUCUCCUGGUCAUAGGGGACACUCUGCAAUGCGAGGUGUGUGCAUCCGAAGAGCAAUCGUGCUCCGGCCCCCUGCAGCCCUGCUCCCCCUCGGAAGGGACCAGCGUCACCGUCGUGGCAGAGAUCAGGCUGGAGGGAAACUCCUUCUCCUACACGGGUAAAUCGUGCCUGGAGCCCAAGAACUGUGAGCCCGGCCCCUUCUCGCAGACCUACGCACACAAUGUCACCGUGCGGGUGAACAUCGCCUGCUGUGACACCGACGGCUGCAACGCUGGGGCCAUCCCAGUGCCAACUGUGAGCUCCGUCCCCAACGGCCGGCAGUGCCUGUCGUUCUUCAAAGGGGGGGCAGAUGGCUGGCGGGAGAAGGAGAAGGAGCCCUUGGCCUGCACCGGCGCCGAGGACCAUUGUGUUGAGGAAUCUGGGAUAUUAACAGUGGAUGGCAUCACCCUGACGAAGAUUGCAGCUGGAUGUGGCUCCCCUGGCGCCUGCGUGAAGAGACUGGGGAAGAAGAAAUACGCCCAGGGCAUGGUGGAGAUGCUGAGCCGGGCUGAGUGCUACCCAGCUCCCAGGGCCGUUGGAGGCAUCGGGGAGCCCUGA